AAUUCAACAGGCAUCCCAAUAUCCUGGAUUUGUCUGCUGUUAAGGAGAUCCUUCGGUUGGGUGUACUAAGAAGUAUUGACAGGAGUCAGGCUGUUCUUCAUAACUACUAUGAAGGCCAAACGUCUUCAUGUCCUCCUUGUUAUAGCCAUAGGUCUACUGAAUUCCCCUCUGAAUGCAGGGAUAGACAGUCACCAGAUUCGGCUGGUCAACGGGACGACUCGUUGUUCUGGACGAGUGGAGGUCUUACACGAAGGCCAGUGGGGAUCAGUCUGCGAUGAUCACUGGGGCAUACAGGAGGCAGAAGUUGUGUGCCGCGAGAUGAAGUGCGGGACGGCCCUGGGGGUCAAACAUACAGCUUACUUUGGCCAGGGGGCUGGCCCCAUUCUGCUGGAUGACCUUAGGUGCAAUGGCCAAGAGAGGGCACUGGGGGAAUGCGACCACGCAGGCUUUGGGGUCAAUAACUGCGGCCAUUCAGAAGAUGCCGGCGUCGAGUGUUCAGAUGUGCCGUUGAAUGUCAAGCUGUUCAACGGCACUGAUCGUUGCAACGGUCGACUGGAAGUUGAACACGAGGGCCAGUGGGUGAAGAUUUGUAAAAACAGCCAUUGGGGCGAUAAAGAAGAGUCACUGGUGUGCCGUGAGUUAGAAUGCGGCACGCCGGAUAAAAAGGAUGUGAGGCUCAACAUCGGAGCGGGUACUAAUCUGGGAAGUUUCACGGCCAGCUGCGUCGGCGCUGAGACCUCCAUCGCCGCCUGCCCGCUUCAGUCGAACCUGAGCGCAUGUGAAGCAGCAGUUGUUUACUGCACAGACGCAGCGCCGAUGCGGCUGGUCAACGGGUCCACCAGCUGCUCCGGUCGGGUGGAGGUGUUCUACCGCGACCACUGGGGCACUGUGUGUGACGACGGCUGGACCAUGAGGAACGCCGAGGUGGUGUGCAACUCACUGGACUGCGGCACGGCCCUGGAGAUCAAGCCGCGCGCCUUCUACGGCCAGGGCAAGGGUUUGAUCUGGCUGGACGACUUGCGCUGCACCGGCCAGGAGACCUCGUUGUCGAAAUGCAAACACAGUGGAUUGAGCAUCCACAACUGUGGCCACGGCGAAGACGUGGGGGUCGUGUGUUCAGACCACAUCAAGCUGCUCAAUGGGACGCGUUGUGAGGGUCGCAUUGAGGUCAAACAUGGCGAUCAGUGGAGGAAAUUGUGCAGCAGUGGCUGGAGCCAGAAAGAGCAUGAGGUGUUGUGUCAGGAGCUGAAAUGUGGGACCCCGCUUACUGGACAGGAUAUGCCAGACUUUGGGGACAGAAUUGCGCCAAUAGGAGUUAAGGCAAGGUGCCUGGGAAACGAGACGUCAUUCAUUGAGUGUGAAAUCAAUGAAACAGCCGACACUUGUGACAGCGCCUCCCUUCUCUGUGCAAACAGUAAACAGAUUCGGCUGGUCAACGGGACGACUCGUUGUUCUGGACGAGUGGAGGUCUUACACGAAGGCCAGUGGGGAUCAGUCUGCGGUGAUGGCUGGGGCCUACAGGAGGCAGAAGUUGCGUGCCGCGAGAUGAAAUGCGGGACGGCCCUGGGGGUAAAAUACCAAGCCCACUUUGGCCAGGGGGCUGGCCCCAUUCUGCUGGAUAACCUUGGGUGCAAUGGCCAAGAGAGGGCACUGGGGGAAUGCAAACACGCAGGCUUUGGGGUCACUAACUGCGGCCAUCCGGAAGAUGCCGGCGUCUUGUGUUCAGAGAAAGUCAAGCUGUUCAACGGCACUGAUCGUUGCAACGGUCGACUGGAAGUUGAACACGAGGGCCAGUGGGUGAAGAUUUGUAAAAACAGCCAUUGGGGAAAUAAGGAAGAGUCACUGGUGUGCCGUGAGUUAGAAUGCGGCACGCCGGAUAAAAAGGCUGUGAGGCUCAACAUCGGAGCGAGUUCUAAUCGGGGAAAUUUCACGGCCAGCUGCGUCGGCGCUGAGACCUCCAUCGCCGCCUGCCCGCUUCAGUCUAACCCGAGCGCAUGUGAAGCAGCAGUUGUUUACUGCACAGGCCAACCAGAUAUUAAACUGGUGAAUGGCGCUGAUCGAUGCUCGGGGAGAGUGGAGGUCCAAAACGACGGCCAAUGGGGAACCGUGUGUGAUGACUCCUGGGACAUCAGGGACGCAGAGGUCGCAUGCCGAGCGAUGGACUGCGGAACACCCUUACUCAUCAAACCUGCAGCCAACUAUGGCCCGGGUCGGGGUAACGUCUGGUUAGACGACUUGGAAUGUUUUGGUAACGAGACCUCGCUCAUGCAAUGCAAACGCAGACACUUCGGUCUGAGCCGCUGUAACCACAUGGAAGAUGCUGGAGUGCAAUGUUCAAUUUCCACCCGACUCCUGAACGGGAGCAACCACUGCUCAGGCAGAGUGGAGAUCCACCAGGAAGGACACUGGGCACCAGUGUUUAAUGCUAACUGGGGGCUCAAUGAAGCGCUUGUGGUGUGCAGAGAGAUGCAAUGUGGAGAACCGGUGGUGGCCUCAACACCGUUCAAUUUCGGACAUGCCGGCCAGGCGACAGGGUACACCACCACUUGUAACGGCAGAGAAACCUCGAUAAGCCAGUGCUCCCUGAGAGGAUAUGCCCAGACCAGCCAGAAUCAUGCUGCUGCGGCAACAGUAGUUUGUUCAGGUAACGUGAGGUUAGUCAAUGAAUCCAAUAAGUGCACCGGAAGGGUUGAAUUGUACCAGAAUGGCCAAUGGGGAAGUGUGUGCGAUGAAACCUGGGAUAUGAAUGAUGCGGCGGUGGUAUGUAUGUAUCUCCAAUGUGGUAGGGCCCAGAAGAUCCCUAAUUCUGGCUUCUUUGGCCGAGGCAGCACAAACAUGUUGAUCGGAGAAAUUAGUUGUACUGGACGCGAGCACUCACCCGACGAAUGCAGACAACAGAACAUUGGUUCCUCGACUUGCAACAGCACCUCAGUGGCUGGACUUUUGUGCUCAGAUGGUUUGCCCACGCGCUUGGUCCAUUCCACGGGUCAAUGUUUUGGGAGAGUGGAGGUCCAACACGCAGGCCAGUGGGGCACCUUGUGUGGAAAAGACUGGUCCAUGUCCGACGCCAUGGUUGUGUGUAGUCUCUUGGGAUGCGGGAAGGCGGCGAGCAUCUCUGGGAAUGCACAGUUUGAGCAAGGCACCGGGCCCAUAUGGGAAGCCAGCGAUCUGUGUUUCAACAAUGAGGCGUCAGUCUUCAAAUGCUCACAGAGUGGAUUCAACGGCACUAGCUGUGGCCACAGACAGGAUGCGGGUGUUGUCUGCACAGAAUCAAUAAGGUUGGUCAAUGGCAGAAGCGAAUGUUCUGGCCGUCUGGAGAUUUCACACAAUGGCCAGUGGGGAACGAUAUGUGACGACACCUGGAAAAUGAGUAACACUGAAGUAGUGUGCCGGCAGAUGGGGUGUGGCCAUGGCCUUUCUUUUGGUGGCUUUGGUGCAGGAAGUGGCCCAAUAUGGCUGGACGAUGUUGUUUGUACCGGUGAAGAGGACGCGAUCACUCAGUGUUCUCAUCAGAACUAUGGCGAAAAUAACUGCGGUCAUAGUGAAGAUGUGGGCAUUGUAUGUUCAGGAAAGUUAGCCAAGCCACAUGUAUCUCUGAACCCGGGUCCAGAGGUAAACUUCGGUGACAGAGUUGAAAUAACGUGCUCUGUGGAAAUGACCGACCACCUGGGAGGAAUGUUUGUCUUACAAAAGACACCAGGCCCCUUCAGAAUGCAGAGAUACUCUGUGAGUGAAACUGAAACCUUCACUAUACCCAAGACCAACUUGAGCCAUGGAGGCUUGUAUCACUGCCUUUUUCAAAAGAAAAUCCCAUCCAGAACCAUUGACAUGCUGGGGGAUCCUGUUGAGCUCAAAGUCACAGUGAAACUACAGCAGCCCAUCAUCUCCCUGCCAUCGGGUGGCCCCAUGAUGCUUAUGCCCACUAACAAAAUAGAGGUCAAGGGAGGAAGCACCUUCUCCAUCUCUUGCUCCAUUUUCUCCAAAUACGAGGGGGGGUCCUUCUACCUGCGCAAGUCCAACACCACCGCCACAAAGCAUCAGGAAUCGUUAAGCCACUCCAUCAUCCAAGUGGCUUCCUUUGAUUUCUCAGAAGUGACCCCGCAAGACCAGGGCGAUUACACAUGUGUCUAUUCCAUCAAUAUCUCUACACAAUCCUUCCAUUCAGUGCCCUCGAAAACAAUCCAGGUCAUAGUGUCAGUGAAACUACAGCAGCCCAUCAUCUCCCUGCCAUCGGGUGGCCCCAUGAUGCUUGUACCCACUAACAAAAUAGAGGUCAAGGGAGGAAGCACCUUCGCCAUCUCUUGCUUCAUUUUCUCCAAAUACGAGGGGGGGACCUUCUACCUGCGCAAGACCAACACCAACGCCACAAAGCUUCAGGCAGCGUUAAGCCACUCCAUCAUCCAAGCGGCUUCCUUUGAUUUCUCAGACGUGACUACACAAGACCAGGGCGAUUACACAUGUGUCUAUUCCAUCAAUAUCUCUACACAAUCCUUCCAUUCAGUGCCCUCGAAAACAAUCCAAGUCACAGUGUCAGUGAAACUCCAGCAGCCCAUCAUCUCCCUGCCAUCGGGUGGCCCCAUGAUGCUUAUACCCACUAACAAAAUAGAGGUCAAGGGAGGAAGCACCUUCUCCAUCUCUUGCUCCAUUUUCUCCAAAUACGAGGGGGGGUCCUUCUACCUGCGCAAGUCCAACACCACCGCCACAAAGCAUCAGGAAUCGUUAAGCCACUCCAUCAUCCAAGUGGCUUACUUUGAUUUCUUCGACGUCACCACGCAAGAUCAGGGCGAUUACACAUGUGUCUAUUCCAUCAAUAUCUCUACACAAUCCUUCCAUUCAGUGCCCUCGAAAAUAAUCCAGGUCAUAGUGUCAGGAUCUGCUGUCUCUUCGACCGUGACAGGAACCAUGGUUGGUCUCGCGCUAGUCCUGAUUCUGUCCGCCAUUGUGUAUCUCUGCUGGAGAAGGAGAGGAAUGGCGUCACGCACCAUGGUACAGUUCACCAGUAGAGUUGGGGAAGUGAUUAAAGAAGACACUGCAGAAAUAAGAGGUGGAGCGCCGAGUGAAAGGGACUAUAAUACCCUGGCGAAUGAAUAUGGCAAUGGUUCCAACCCCGAAGAUAAGGGCCCAAACGAGGUCGAGUCCGACAACAAUCUGGAGAGAAAUGCCACCGAAGACCUAACCGGGCGAGUUUGUUACGAGCUUGAGCCACUUAUUCACUCAUGAAAACAAACACAGUAAAAGGGCCAAUGGGUUGUGGUGUUAUGUAAUCAUUCAUAUAUCGUCAAGGAUCUUGGAAAGGAACUGAAGAAUCUACUGAAAAUUUUAAUUGAGAGAGGUUACUAGUGGGAUAAUUGGCUACAUUUAGAGCAUAGAUAUGCAUUCCAUUGGACGUUCAUCUGAUGGCCUUCUUGGUUCUAAACUCUAGCAGGGUGAUGGAACCACAUUCGAUGUAUAAAGACGUGGCAGCCAUAUUGGAGAGGCCAAGACUGGCUUUUAAACAAAUACAAGUAAACAGGCUGCAGUUUGUUAUAUAUGACUUAAUAUGAACACAAAAACUACUCACUGAAAUCAGCUGAAAAAUGUAAAUGUAAUUGUGCUUCUCAUCAAGAGAAACCGCAGUUUAUCCCGUUUUUAAUAGAUUUCCCCUCAUAUGGCAGCAACGUGAUCCAAACGUGAUCCAAAGGCCAACUCAGUGUCUAUGUAUGUCUAUUGAUGGAACAGAAUGCAGAAUUUCGCAUUGAGUUCCUUCGUGCUGCUAGAGUUUAGUACAAAGAUGGGACCAAGAUAAAACCAAUAUAUUAAAGGGUAGAUAUCAAGCCACCAGGUGUGAGUGUUAUUAGCCAUUACAAGCCAUUUGAAAAUCUGCCUUCCUGUAUGACCUAGCCUGCUGACAUCCCUAGUGGGUGUGUCCGCCUAGAUGUAUACUGGCUAGAUCAGUCCACCAGCCUACCCAGUGGACUGUGGCAAUUGUUGUUUAUCUAUCUAUCAUACAUCAAGGGGGACACGCCCACUAGCGAUAAUCACAGAUUAUCAAAAAACAAAUGUGGCUAUGGUAUAUUUUAAUCUGAAUUAAAUAAAUGCCAUUAAAAAAGGCAUUGGUGUAAAGAAAUGUCUUUGUAUUGGAUUAAAUAUCCCAGCCUACAGCAUUGUUGCCUUUGUGAUCGAUAUUGCAAGCUCUAUAGUUUAGUUUUAGACUACUGCUGAUGAUUUCAGAUAAAAAAGUAAAAUUGUUCAAAUGUGGAUUUACUCAUAGCGAUGUAUGUUUAAAUAAAGUAAUGAAUGUUACUUGAAAAUGUUUUGUUACUUUACAAUAUAGAAUAUAAUGAAUGGGG